UUUGGGCUUAAUAGCACACCAUAUAGUCCACACCAACUUACAAGCCCAAGAACAUCAAGAAUGGCUUUAGAAGUUAGAACGUGAUAAUUGAAAAUUCCAUGCAAUUAAAAUAUAAUUUCAUUGCAUCAUAAUUAAAUUCUAUCAUAAAUAUAGUGAUUAACUUAAUUUCAAAAUUUCCCAUUAACAGAAAACUAGAUAGUGAAUUAAAUGUUCAUUAUCUAAAUUCUAAUAUGUAAUUUCGUAUUAAUUCAACUAUAUCCAUUGACCAAUCUCAAAUGGUAGGGGUAUUAGAGGAAAUAUUCACUACAAGGACAAUAUAGUCAUUUAACACAUGAGCGCAUUUGCAAUUAAAUUAAUUGUUAUUGUUCUUCUACACAGAACAGUCUCCAUCUUCACUCCUCUCUCUCCUCUCUCUCUCUCUCUAAAGAAGAAGAAGAAGAACAAAAAUGGCUUCAGCCAUGAAGAAAGUGAACAUGAUCACCAAAAUCGUACGGCUGAAGCAAGUCGCCAAGCGCUGGAAAACCAGCAGCUUAGGCCGCCGCUCCAUACUCUGUUACUCCGCCUCCUCCUCCGACGCCGACGACCCCGCCGCUUCAGGCCGCCUCACCCCCUCCGGCUCCGUCGCCGUCUACGUCGGACCUGAGCGCCGCCGGUUCGUCAUUCCGACGAGGUUUCUGAAUCUACCAGUCUUCGUCGACCUCCUCAACCAGGCGGAAGAGGAGUUCGGGUACCAGACCACCGGCGGCCUAGCUCUGCCGUGCUGCACCGAUUUCUUCGAGGAAAUCCUCCGAUUUCUCGACGAGGACGAAGAGAGGUUCCGCGGCCUGGGAGUGGAGGAGUUCUCGAAGAUGGCUUCUGAAAUGGAUUUGGAGAAUUCCGAUCCGUCGUCCUGUACAGAAUCUUCGUCGGCGGCGGCGUCCUCCUCCUCCUCCCAUCCUUUCACACCAUUGCUGCAAAAAGCUAGGGUUUGAACCUUUCUAACAAUGGCGGAAUUUAUUUUUUUUAAUGAUUUUUAAUUUUUAGCUUUUUAGGGAUUUGGACUGAGCAAUGUUGGUCCAAUAACCAUCCUUGAGACCAGAGUUUUUAAUGGCUGUUACCUGGUUAACUCAAUGAGAUGUUUGAUUUUUCAUUUCUAGGGCUUACGAAUUCCCAAUUUUUUGUUUGGGUUUCGUUACGAUGAAGAUGAUCCAUUCAUGCUUCUGGAAUAUUUUCCUCUUCCCCCAUUAAAUAAAAUGUUUAAUUUCUUUUUUA